UUAUUAGAAGUUGAUCAUACGUAUAUAUAUUGAGAUUUCAAAAUUGCGGCCACAAACUUUUUGCCGGUAAAUAAUUUAGUAAAACAAUAAAAUUAUAGACAAUGGCGGCUCGUAAUAUUUUCAAAUUAGGAGCGUUAGAAGCACCAAGGACAGCAUUUCUCCUGUGUGAUAUACAAGAAACGUUUAGACCUCAUAUAAAACAUUUCGGCGAAGUCGUACGAGUUGCUAAUAAAAUGGUUGAAGCAGCAAAACACUUCAAAAUACCAGUGUAUGUUUCGGAACAGUAUCCCAAAGGUCUGGGCCACACCACCAAGGAUGUCAAAAUUGAAGAUGCUGCAUUGGUCUAUGAAAAGACUAGAUUCUCUAUGUACACACCUGAACUGCAGGAACGACUGAAGAAAGAUGUCCCAAAUUUGAGUUCAGUUGUGUUAUUUGGUAUAGAGGCACAUGUCUGCAUCGAGCAAACUGUGAUAGAUCUUCUGAAUGAGGACAUCACUGUCCAUGUUUUAGCUGAUGGAGUGUCAUCUAGGUCUUUAAUGGAUAGAGGGCUCGCUUUUCAGCGGUUCCAAAACAUCGGCUGCUUCGUUAGUACAUCGGAGAAUGUGCUCUUCAAAUUAUUGAGGGACAAAAACCAUGAGGUUUUCAAGGCGAUCUCUAAAUUGAAUACGGAACCAACGCCAGACGAGUUCGGUGUAAAUGCUAGGAAGAGUCCAUAAAUGUGUUACUGUUACCCGCGACUUUGUCUGCAUUUUUACUUAAAUAACUACUAAUACUUAUUGGUGAAGAUUAUUAAUUCGCAUAGGACAAUUCAAUGAUCGGUAACAUCCAAAAUUACACUGAUAAUCUUCUUAAAAUAAAUAAAGUAAUAUGUCUUCGUGACAAACUAAAUUAAAUUUUCAUUAAGAACGCCUAGAACGCCUUAGAAGUCGCCUAGAACUAAUAUAUAUACAUUAUCCAAGUGUUACAUAUAUCUAAUUAUAUAUUAAUAAAGAUAUAUAAUUUCGCAUACGAAGUCGUGGCCACAUCUAGAUUGUACAUAUAAGUACGAUUUGUAUAUAUGUAUACAAUAUAACGAGUAAAAUUUUUUUAAUGGUUUUUUAUAAUGGUUAAACUCGAAUACCUAUUUAACCAAUUUUAAAUAUGCUUUGACUUAUGGACUACAUUUUGUCAAGUGUAAUAAAUUAAAUAGAUUUAUUAUUAUUUUUCAUUGUUUUCAAAUGGAUAGAGAAUAAUCUAUAGAAAGUGAUGAAUGAACUGAGUUUGAAGUUUUUAGACUUUAUAAAUAAUACGAAUAAAUUUAUAUCAUCAUCAUCAUCUCAGCCCGGAAGAUGUCCACUGCUGGACAUAGGCUUCCUCCGAAGAUAUAUAUAAAUAAUAAAGAUAAAUAUAUAUAUUGUACCAUAAAAAGUUUAUUAUUAUUAUGUAUUGUUUUUUUUUAUGCUCUCUUCUAUUCUGUUAUAGCCUUUAUUACUAAACUAAUACAAUUAUUCAUUUAUGAUUCAUAGGUA